GAUUUUCGAAGUCAUCGGUCGGAAAGUGUACCGCGAGAAAAUCUCUUUGACAGUUCCUUGACCUUUUCUUUGACAAUCCUCCCUUGAGCCUCCCCCCUUCUCUCACUCUUUUCGUUUCGUCCGAUUGAUAUAAUGGAAAUUGGAUUUGUCUUUUUAAUCGAAUUUUCGCGCAUGUAUUCUUAUUUUGAAAGAUACGCGUUGUUGCAAGCUUAUCCCCACUCACAUUCCUCACGUGCACUUGUGGAAAGGACUUUGCGCGCUCUUUCGAGAUAGAUGGAUUCUUCUUACGGAGAAUGUCAGAUUCGAAACAAUUCAAGAUUUUAUAAAAACCUCGCAAAUCGAUAUCAAAUAUUACGCCGUAUUUAUACCAAGAAUUUCUUGUCUAAUCGAGACAAGAGCUGUGGCAUUCAUCGUUUCCUGUUGUAUUAGCUUGGCACAUUAUAUUAUACACAUUAUACUGAUUCAUCGGAAAUUCGCUAAUGAUGCUACGAAGAAGAGAGAGAAAGAGACUCUUUGCACACGGGAAACGAAGAAGAGUUGUAUGCGACGUUUUCCUUACACAACCGCAACAAUACCUCGAGUUGGAUUUACUUCACAUAUGUCAUCGACGAGGUUGCCUAGCGACGAAUGAGUCAACAAACGAAUCCUGGAUCAUUGACAGUCAAAAAUGAGUCGGCGAGCUGUGACUCAUUCAUUAUUUUCGAUUCUGUUUUUUUCGACGACAAUCAAAUCCUAUUAAUAUCACGUGAUAAUUUGAAAAUGUCGUGCAAAGUGGAAAAGAUGAAGAUAACUGCGAGUUAUAGAGUGAACGAACCGAUAAAUAAUUUGAAGAUAAGAGUGCGAGUCGCGCAGCAGAUAUCUCCACUGGCCGAGCUGUUGGCCGAGGAGUCCAAUGGCGGCGAGACCAGAGACUCAAAUUUCUUGGAGGAGGAAGAACGUAUUUUUAACUGGCAGGAGAAGGUGUUCGGUCCAUUCGAAAUAGAUUUCUAUGCGGACGAGAAGAAUUGUCUGACCGAUUGUCAGCGAGAGUAUCAUCGACGUAUCAGCGAUGAGCAGCUAGAGGGUGCCCGAUUAUAUUCUUACACAGAAAACGACUCUUACUACGUCGACGAUGAUCUUUUGACGACACCUUACAGGCAGGAAUUGGAUUUGUCCUAUCUAUCGAUGAAGAAUCAAACCGCGCUGCCGGCCAUACAGAAUCGUAAGCCCUUCCAGGAGCGAUAUAAUAAGAGUGUGCUAGACGACAGAUCCACAAAUGCCAGGAUCCGAUCGAGCCAUUAUCUCUACACCGAACGCAUCAGCAUGCAUGUGAUGGCCGAUCUAUCUCGUAGAGACGAGCCUGCGAUCGACGGAUUGGCGGACUCGGAAACGUUACUUUGCUCUGUGACUUAUGACAAGGCGCGCAAACAGCUGACGAUUAGUCCCGAUUUCACGAUCGACGCCGAGCACGAGCGUUACUAUAGCGUCAUUAAUAGCCACGGUGUCAAGUUCAAUUAUUGGAUCGAACAUGUUUCCGCGAGACCAACAUCGACGGAACUACAGGAGCAACGCGAAACUACGCGGCGUGAAGUACAACAACAGCUUGCUUACAAAGAAGUAGAAUUAUACAAGGAACUGCAAUUGCCACCAGCGAAUUUCUCUACUCUAUUUUUAAAUUUAGACAUUGUGUCAGCUCAUGGUUUUUCUUAUGAUGGAUUGUUUAUUAGCUAUUUUGUCGAUUUGCCACAACAUUGGACUACAAAACAAAAAGAAAAAUUAUUCGGGAGAACACAGAGGUGUCUUUUAGAAAAUAAAUCGGCGCAUUUUAGUUAUUGUACCGAUAUAUCUUUACAUUAUCCAUCAAAUGAAUCUCAACAAUUAAGUGGCGAUACAUUGUCAAUACUUUGGCCUCGUUUGUUAUUUUCUGUGGCGUCUCUAGAUAGUUGGACCAGGUAUCGAAUAGACGGAUAUGCAGCGUUACCAAUACCAAUGACACCUGGUACAUACAAAUUUACAAUUCCUACAUGGCGUGCAAAAGGCAAUAUCAUCGACACUUUGCGACGUUUUUUCGUUGGCGGUUCUUACGAGCUCGAAGAUAUUACAUAUUGUAGUAUUCCAAUGGCACAUGAGUGUAAAGUUUUAGACAAAUCAAAGUUAAAGGUUGUAUCAAGUGGAGAUAUUAAAAUUAAUAUGAAUAUUGUAAUUCAAAAUGCUUCACACAUGAAACAUUUUAAUUAUGAAAUCGAUAAUUCUAAUAGAGUAAGCACCGAUGCGCUCAUAAAUAAUGUUGAAAAUGUUCUCGAACAAUUUAAAGCAGCUAAGGAACGCAUGAUACGAAUAAGAAAGAUUAAUUCCUAAAUAUAAAUUACUCCAAAUAAUGACAAAAUACU